AUGACGCAGCAAAGCGGCGCUGGGUCGCCCCAGCAGUUCUGCCUGAGGUGGAACAACUACCAGACAAAUUUGACCAACGUGUUCGACCAGCUGCUCCAGAGCGAGAGCUUCGUCGACGUGACGUUGGCCUGCGACGGCCACAGCGUGAAAGCGCACAAAAUGGUGCUGUCGGCGUGCAGCCCGUACUUCCAGGCGCUCUUCUUCGACAAUCCUUGCCAGCAUCCGAUCGUCAUCAUGAAGGACAUCAAGUGGCCCGAGUUGAAGGCCGCGGUCGAGUUCAUGUACAAGGGGGAGAUCAACGUGUCGCAGGAGCAGAUCGGCCCGUUGCUCAAGGUGGCCGAGAGCCUGAAGAUUCGCGGCCUGGCGGACGUGAACAACGAGCACGAGCUCACCUCGAGAUCCUCCAGUUUGGAGGAGGCGGCAAACGCAGCGGCAGCGGCGGCGGCGGCCGCCGCCGCCGCAGCCAUGCACAGGAAGAAGCGGCGUCGAAUAUCGGGCGAGAGAUCGCCGCCGCCGACGACGACAUGCAGCCCGGACCGGAUCGGUUCCGGCAGCAGCAUGCCCCCGGACGAUCAUGACCCGAGUCAAGGCGGCGGCGGCGGGGCCGGCGUGAUCAUGCCGGACAUUCACAGCAUGCUGCCGAGCAGCUCGACCCCGCGGUCCCUCGGAUCCCCCGGCACGCCCGGCGGCGGCGUCGUCUCCGUCACGCCGCAGAUCAACCUCCAGGAACUUCCGGUAUCGCUGCCCUUGCCGCCGCCGCCGCCGCCGCCGCCCCCUCAGCCCGGCCAGCAGACCUCGCACUCGAUAUCCGCUCACCACGUGCCCGGCCACGUGACUUCCGGUCCCCACGCCUCCGUCAACCACCUGACCGCUCACGGCCAGCAGCUCUCCGUUCAGCAGCAACAGCAACAGCAGCAACAGCAACAGCAGCAGCAGCAACACCAUCAGCAGGCCGGUCAACCGCCGAACCCCGGGGACGAUCUCGAGAUCAAGCCUGGCAUCGCCGAGAUGAUUCGCGAGGAGGAAAGGGUGAGUCCUUUUUUUUCCUUUUCUUUUCUUUUCUUUUCUUCUUUUUCCGCUCGAUUCGAUUCUCGAAUCGCAAUUCUUCGUCGAUUGACGGUCGAUCUAUCCGCUCUCGUCCGAGCGAAACCUACCAAUUUUUCAAACGUGGAUGAACGAAAAAAAAAAAGAGAGAGAACAAAGACAGAGAGAGAGAGAGAGAGAGAGAGAGACAGAGGGGAAUCGAUGGGACGUCAAAGCAUUUUUGAAAGUUGUUAAUUAGGUUUCGCGACGUUAA